GUCCCCUCCUCUGCAUUAUUUUCACUGCCCCACAUAUAUAGAAUAAAAGCAAUACACGAGAUUCAUAAAGUAACAAUGACAACAUAUAUAUGUCCAUGCAGCUUUUCAUCUUUGGCAAUGGAUGGACCCCUCUCUUUAUGUCUUGCUCAACAACCGUUUUGGCAUCCUUAUUGCAUUGCGAGACUCUGGUUUGACUUGGCAGCCUAUAAGUAUACUGCAUGUUUCUCUUCUCAUAACUAUAAUCACAAACAUGGCCUGCUUACUAAUCUUCUAUCAGCUUCUCUGCCUUCUAUUCUUUUGCUUGAGUUCUCAGCCUACUCUUUCAUCCACUUCAUUUGCCCCUUCAACAACACCCCUUUGCUCUCACAACGAGGCUUCAGCUUUGAUGAAAUUUAAAAGCUCCUUUUCCAUCGACGAAACUGCUUCUGGGGAAUGCGAAGAUACUGGCACCCCAUCUUAUCCUAAGACUGAUUCGUGGAAGGAAGGGACUGAUUGCUGCUCAUGGCAUGGAGUCACUUGCGACAAUAUAACAGGCCAUGUGAUUGGCCUUGACUUGAGUUGCAGUUGGUUAUAUGGUGUCAUUCCUUCCAACAGCAGUCUUUUCCAUCUUUCACACCUGCAGAACCUUAACCUCGCAUAUAAUGAUUUUAACGGUUCCAAGAUGUCAUCUGAGUUUGCUCAGUUUACAAGUCUAAUGCAACUCAUCCUCACGGGGUCAGUCUUUGCCGGACAAAUUCCACUGCAAAUCUCCCACUUGUCAAAGUUGGUUUCACUUGAUCUCUCUUGGAAUCAUUAUCAAACACUUGACAAACGUAUUUUGGGAGGACUUGUUCAGAACCUAACAGAGGUGAGACAAUUGUUUCUUGAUGGAAUCAACAUGUCUUCUAUUAAUCCUAAAGUCUUGAUGAAUAUAUCCUCUUCUUUAAGCUCUCUUAGUCUUGGAGAUUGUGGUUUGCAAGGAAAAUUCCCAAAAAACAUUUUUCACCUGCCAAACCUCAUGUUGCUUAAUUUAGAAGGCAAUGGGGAGCUCAAUAUCUAUCUUCCAAACUUCAACCAGAGCAACCAUUUUGAGCUAUUAGAUCUAAGUCUUACAAAUCUCUUUGGAGCAUUGCCUAAUUCCAUUGGCAAUUUAGUUUCAUUGAAAGAUUUGGAUCUAAGUGGCACAUCCCUCUCUGGAGCAUUGCCUAAUUCCUUUGGCAAUUUAGUUUCAUUGAAAGAUUUGGAUCUAAGUUACACAUCCCUCUCUGGAGCAUUGCCUAAUUCCAUUGGUAAUUUAGUUUCAUUGGAAUAUUUGGAUCUACAUUACACGUCGCUCUCUGGAGCAUUGCCUAAUUCCAUUGGCAAUUUAGUUUCAUUGAAAGAUUUGGAUCUACAUCAGACGUCCCUCUCUGAAGCAUUGCCUAAUUCCAUUGGCAAUUUAGUUUCAUUGGAACAUUUGGAUCUAAGUUUUACAAAUCUGUCUGGAGCAUUGCCUAAUCCCAUCCGCAAUCUACGAUCUUUGAAGUAUUUGUCUUUAUCAGGGGCUCCUCUAUGUCCAGGUUCACUUAACUUAAUCCGUAACCUAGUUUCCUUGGAGGAAUUGCAUCUCGAAGCAUGUAACAUUUCAAGAAUAAUGCUGAGAUCAUUGGGGAAUUAUGUUGGAGGACAGAUUCCAUCCUUACUCACAAACCUAUCUCAACUUAAAUUGUUGGACAUCUCUGACAAUCAACUAGAAGGUUCCAUUCCAAAUGAGAAUUAGAGCAACUUCCAUGGAAGAAUAUUCGAAU